AUGCGCCCCGUUUUGCCGGCCGGGCCUCCGGGCCCCCAAGGUGGGGGGUCUCCGCUGGCAGGGACAGAAAACGGCGGAGUGAGUCCUGCUCUGGGGGGCGGCGAGGCGUUGGACCUGGAUAUGGUUGAGAAGCUGAAGCAGAAAUACAUCAAGUGCAAGCAGCAGAACGACCGACUUAAGCAAGUCCUGCUGCAGAUGCAGCAAGACGGCGAGCAGCGGGCCUCAGCACAACAGCAGGAACAGGUGGCGACUCUGCAGAAGCACGUCGAGCAACUGCAGCAGCAACUCAAAGUGCGCGAAAUGGAGCAGAGACAACACAUGGAAGAGCUCGACACCCUGCAGUACACCAACCGCAAACAAAAACAGCAGCUGCAGCUGCUGCAACAACAAGCCGCUGCUGCGGCAGCCACAGGGGCCGCUGGCGGCGGCGGAGCUGCCAAGUGGGGUAUUGGGCUCCUCUCCGGAGCGACAGCUGGCAGCGCGGCCAAGGAAGAGAACGAAAAGCGCCUGAUGGAGGAGCUUCAGGUGUUGCGAGACGAGCUUGAGCACAAGAUUCGGGAAAACGAGCAGCUUCAUGUGCAGCAGUUUGAAGAAAAGCAACAACAACAGGUUCAACAGGAGCGCCUGGAGAGGCUGGACGAGGAGCUUCAGCAGGAGCGGCACGUGUGCCAGCAGUUCCGGCAGGAGCGGGAUGAGGCGGAGAGGCGAGUUCACACGCACGAAGCGCUUCUUUGUGAGGAGAGAGAGCGGAAACGAGAGGUCGAGGAACGGCUGAGAGAGGUGAAGACAGAGACGCGUCUGCAGCUUACAAGACUGUCUGAACAGAAGGAUCGACUUGCGCGCGAGCAGGGUUGUCUUCGGCGGUAUGUCCAGCGUCGCCUGCCUGUGGAUCUGCGCCGCCUGCGUCUCCUCGCCUGCUACGAUCUGCCCUGUGGCGGCUGCGGAACGGUAGUGGCUGCCUGCGUCGCGGCCCAGAGGCAAGUCGCCUCAGCCAUUGCCUCGCUCCUUGUUCGCCUUCAGCAGCUCCUCGCGGCCUGGGCUGAGGCUCUCCGCUCAGGCGGCGGGAGGACCGGCGGCGCGGACCUACGGAGCGGGAAGGCUGCGGAGGGUCACGCAGAAGGCGCGGGCUCUCCAGGCGCCCGCGUGGAGAGGUCCCUCUCCGACGAAGCGACGGCGGCCUCUGCUGCGGGCCUCGUGGCGAUCGGCGCGCAGGUAGCUGGCCGACCGCAGGCGGAGGGUUUGGUGGCGGGGGCGGCCGAAGGGGCUCGCCACCACCCGCACUCCGGGGGGGGGACUGCGAACGGCGGAGGCACGACGGCAGCUGUUUCAGGGAUUCACUUUAAACUCACGGUGGCGAACCAGAAGGCUCUAGACGCUCUGCUCGAGGCGAGGAAGAGUAUCAACUCCAUCAAGCGAUACCUGCUGAGGAAACUCGUCGCGCCUUCUUCAGGGGCGGACCGCAGCGGGGCACCAGGCCCGACCCGUCUUGGGGGAGAAGAGGCGAGUGAAGGCCGCAGCAGAGGCGGACAGCUUGGGGGACAGGUGCUUCACAGGGGGCGUGCCAAGCGAGGCCUCGAACGGGAGACCGACGGGGCUGACGGCGACGAGGAGGCGGUUGCCCUCGAGGCGCGGCGUGGCCUGCGGCAUCUAGGAGUCGCCUUUCGGCGCUUCACCAGCUACUCUCUGGUUUCGCUCACUCUUGAAACGGAUGCAUUUCCCAUUCUUGAUGGAAACGAGAAGCAGCCACAGAACGGGGGCCUGUCCUUCGCAUCCGGAGAGACUGCGAACGCCUUCGACAGCUUUCGGUGGUCCUCGCACCUCUCGGGGCCUGGAGCAGGCGCAGCCGCGCAGCCGCGCAGCCAGACGGGGGACGCGCGGCGGUCCACGACGGCCUUCAUCGAGGCUUCGCGCCGACUUGACAAGUCCCUUUCGCUUCUUCUUGAAGUUGCGCAGCUUCUGUUUUUCUCGGUGGCCAGGCCCCAGAACACGGCCGAGGGCUCAGAGGGAGGCGGGACGCCAAGAAGCCCGUUUCUCGCGAAUCGCACGCCUCGGAACGAGGCCAGACCUAAUGGAUGCGCCAGUUCAGAAUGCGUGUCCUCCGUCUCGAAACCAAGGACCGGCCCGGCUGUCCCUCGCGGAGGCGGACAGUGCUCCGAGAGCGAGGCUCCUUCUGGGACGAGCCGAGAGCUCGCGGGCUUCGGGUCUCCCCCGUGCGGCGGUAAAGAGGAUGAGGACGCUGCGCUGGCGCGGCUUUCUGGCGAACAUUUCCGCCUGCUCAAGCGCGCUGUGUCAUCCGGGGAGAGCGAUUUGCUUUGUGAAGAGCUUUCUGAAGCAGACUCUUCAGGAACCGGCGAAGGCAGCGGGACAAGCGAAGAGUGCGAACGCCGCGCCGGAGAGAGGCCCCUGCGCACUGAGCUCCGUGGACCUCAUUUCCUCGGAGCAUUUCGCUUCGAAGACGACCAAGAUGGAAAAAAAGGCGACGGCGAACUCCUCGAGGCAGCAAGGCGAUCGGCCGUGGCUCAAGCAGUGGCGAUAUCUGCAAUGAAACACGACGUCGCGAAACAAAUGCUGCAGCAAGUCUUCCUCAAACACCUGGAAAGGGCCAUGAUGUGCAUGGCGACCAUGGAAGGGUGUAUCUCGGCGCGGAUGUGUCGGCCUCACGUCGUCGAGGGUCACUUGCUUCCGCUUUCUGGCGGAGGCAACGCAAUGGUGAAUCUUGUGCAGGCCGCCAAGUUAAUUGACUCUUACAUGCCGAUUUCGGCUCUCCUCCCUCACUUGUCGGGAGUCGCGGAGAAGCCAGUCGGCUCCAUCGGCGUCGACGCGAAGAUAGUCUCUGCGUCGCAUCUCUCGUCGCUCGCGCGGCGCGACUUGGGCGUCGCUUUCGCUUCAGGGGGCGGGGGCCUCCUGAGCAGAGCGCAGACGACUACCAGCAGCUCUGCCAUCCUCCGCGAGGGCCUGCAGCUCCUCUUCUCCUCGCGCCUGACCCUCUGGGUCCGCUUCCUCCACCUCCCGGUCCUCGACUCCGCCCUUCACGAGCUGAAGAGCUUCAUGAAGCAUCAACGGGAGGUGCUUAGAGACGCCCCGCCUCGCAUGCUGCGUGAUGACGCGGUUUACUUCAGAGAGGAAGUUCAGAGACUGGCUAUUGCAGAGCAGCGCCUCGAGCAGCAACUGGAAUCCGUUAGGCUUGACUUCGAUGAGGUGUUGGAGGAACGCGCUCAGCUGCUGCAGGACGCCGAGGAGCUCCGCGGCCGACACGCCAUCGUCCAAGCUCGUCUAGAACUCGCGCGCGGACCGUUCGCCUCCGGUGAGGAGGCGGCAGAGGGCGACCUGGAAAACGUGUUAGAGUCGGGCACACGGAGGGACCCCGAUGAUGUCUGCGUUCCUUCGAAGGCACUCCAAGGCGAAGACGCCGCAGGCUCCGAAGGCUUGGAUGCAGCCAUGGCAGCAGCGGCUGCUGCAGAGGACGCGUGCGCCGCGACCUCGAGGCUAAUGGUGAUGGCGAGCGAGGGCGGCUGCCUCUCCAGCCCCGAAAUCCCUUCGGUGCUGGGCUGCUCAUCUCGAGAAGCUGCCGCGGCCAUGAUUAAAACGGCUCUUCUGCAGCACGGAAGUGUCUACGCACCUUCCUCGGGCUCAGCUCUGUCCGCCGCGGCGGCCAGUGCGGCGGCAGCUGUGGUGGCGGCUCUCGAGUGUCAAGAGUCCUCCGCAGAGGAGGCUGGCAAAGACACGAAGUGCAUGGCAGGGUGCCAGCGCGAGCUCCGACAGACCUACGUCCAGCAGGUUCAGCAGCUGUUGCAACACAUCCAGACGAGCGAGGAUGCCCUUGCGGCGCUGAAGAUGCAGCUCAGUAGUUGCUUGAAAACAAUCCAUUCACUUGGUAGUCAGCGGCAGCAGCUUCAGAGACAGAUUCAAGAGCAACGAAGCGCGGCGACGGAGGCAGCCAGUGCGGCACGCCUAGCGGAAGUGAAGUACAUGGAGCAGCUCUCGCUGCUCAGCGAGCAUUACUGUCAGGAGGGAGAGAAGCGGAAGGUUGUCGAGGUACUCAUGGAAGAUGUCCGGCAGCACCGAAUUCUGUGCGGGAGGUGCGGCGUCUGGAACUCCUUGGGUUCUCUACUUGAUGCCGACAGUGGAGGAACGUGCACGAUGUGCCACGGGAGAGUGAUUGAACCUCCGACGUGA